AUGCCUUACAACUAUAAUCUUGUCUACAAACCUGGUAAAGAUGAGAAAAACCCAGCUGACUUCCUUAGCCGACACCCAAACUGCUCAGAGCCCCAACCGGAAAGCAUUGCUGAAGAAUACGUUAACUAUGUAUGUGCCAAUGCCGUGCCCACCGCCAUGACCCUUCAAGAAAUCCAGCUUGAAACAUCAGUUGAUGACUCAAUGCAAACGGUCAUUCAAGCCAUCGAAACCAACAAUUGGUUGGAUCCGUCCACGACAGAAUACAAGAAAGUGAGUGACGAACUGUCAGUACAUAAAGGAAUUAUACUUCGUGGACACCGAAUCGUAAUGCCCACCUCCUUAAGACGCCGGACAAUCCAUCUCGCACACAUUGGUCAUCAAGGAAUCAUUAAAACCAAACGCCUACUCCGCUCGAAAGUCUGGUUUCCUAACAUCGACAAGAUGGUCGAAGAAACCAUUCAGAAUUGCCUCCCCUGCCAGGCUGCUACUUCGCGCAACCACCCUCCACCUGAGCCACUCAAGAUGACCCAGCUGCCAUCCACACCUUGGAAAGAAGUUGCAAUGGAUUUCCUGGGCCCUUUUCCAACCGGCGAAUACCUCCUAGUCGUAAUCGAUGCGUUUAGUCGGUUCCCCGAAGUUGAAGUACUCACCACGGUUUCCGCAAAAGCUGUCCUUCCAAAGUUGGAUGCAAUAUUUUCACGACAAGGCCUUCCAGAAGUUCUGAAAAGCGACAAUGGCCCACCAUUCAACGGUGCCGAGUUUGAGUCAUACGCCAAGCACUGUGGUUUGACUCACCGCAAGAUCACGCCAUACUGGCCUCAAGCAAAUGGAGAGGCCGAGCGUUUUAUGCUCACACUACAGAAAUGUAUUCGGGCUGCAAUCAUCGAGAAGAAAAACUGGAAGCAAGCGAUGAACCAGUUUCUCCUCAACUACAGGGCAACCCCCCAUUCCACUACUAACAUAUCCCCCUCCGAAAGCCUCAACAACAGGAAGGUAAAGACAAUGUUACCGGAGAUGCCCUCUAGUUCAAAACCAGAACAGACAGCAAUGGCUGAUUAUGAUGCUCGGAAGAAAGAACAAAUGAAAUCUUGCGCAGACAACCGUCGGGGUGCCAAAGAAAGUUGCAUCAAACCAGGUGACACCGUCCUUCUGAAAAUGCCGAAGGAAAACAAAUUCAGUGCUCCAUACAACCCUCAACCUUUUGUCGUAGAAAAGAAAAAGGGAACAAUGGUCACUGCCAAGAACGAUUCAAAGGUUGUCACACGAAACUCCUCGCAAUUCAAGGUGAUCUCAACCAAGUCAGCCAAACACGAUGACAAGGAAGUUGAACCAAAGGUUCCAAGACCAUCAAACCCCCAAGAACAAAAAACACUUCAACAAAGACCGAAACGGAACGUAAGACAGCCAGCAAGGUUCGCGGACUAUGUAAACUAUGAACCAAUGUGA